AUGUCUAAUCAGGAUUCUAUAUCCAAUAAAACUAAAUCUCAGUGUAAUUAUAAUAAUAAUGUAGAUAAACAUGUCUCAAGUUUAUUCGGCCCAGUUGACGAUAACGAUGAUGAUUACAAUGAUAAUAACGAUUAUUAUGAUGAUGAAAAUGAACAGGUACCACGCUCACCAUUUGUUCUCGCAGGUUUACCACCAGAACCACAAGAUGGUAAUAUUGAAUAUAAAUUAAAAUUAAUCGAUCCAAAUCCUGAUCGUCUUCAACAUUUAAUAACUCAAAUGAACUGGCGAUUAAAAGAAGGACAUGGUGAAGCAUUGUACGAGAUCGGUGUUGAAGAUUGUGGAACGUUAAGUGGUGUUAGUCAUGAAGAACUACAAGCGUCUCUAGUAACAUUAAGGAAGAUGGCAGAUAGUUUGCAUGCAUCGAUAACGAUUUUAUUCGAACGCAAAGUCGAAAAUGAUCGACAUAUCGUUGAAGUUCUUGUCCGGAAGGUUCCUGAUGAUCAGCAUUUCAUUGAUUUACGUGUUGCAGUUCUGGGAACAGUUGAUAGUGGUAAAAGUUCGUUGAUUGGAGUUUGUACAUAUGGCGAAUUAGACAAUGGACAUGGACGUGCGAGGUUGAAUCUAUUUCGACAUGUACAUGAAAUUCAAAGCGGACGAACAUCUUCGAUAGCACAUGAAAUUCUAGGAUUUAAUGAUUCAGGCGAAAGCAUCGAUUACGGUACUUAUCGAACACCGCGAGAAAUAUGUGACCGAUCGACGAAAAUUAUAACCUUCGCUGAUCUCGCUGGCCAUACAAAAUAUGUUAGAACCACGAUAUUCGGUCUUUCAGCACAUGCAGCUGAUUUUGCCAUGUUAUGCGUCGAUGCGCCAUCAAGUUCGAUACCACUCGUGAACAUUUUUCAUAUGCGAUCACCAAGUAUACAAGAAACAAUCGGAUGUUUGACAUAUUUACUCAAACACGGCAAUACUUCGGUUCAAUUUGAUUCUUAUGUUGUUAAGCAGCACGAAGAUGUCCUUCCGGCUGCAGAUAUGUUCGUAGAGAAGCGCAUAUGUCCAAUAUUUGCUGUGUCAAGUGUAACCGGCGAAAAUAUAGACCUGUUAAAAAAGUUUCUGAACAUCCUACCGCCAAGAUUAAGUAGUCAAGAACAAGAGAGACUUUCGCAGUUACCAGUGGAAUACCAGAUCGAUGCUAUUUAUGCAAAUCAUACAUCAUCUGGCCCGGUGAUCGUUGGUGGUAUACUACGGAGUGGUAUAAUUCGAGAGGGCGAAAAUCUUCUUGCUGGCCCAUUGUCUGAUGGAACAUUUUUUCCUGUUAAGGUAAAGACGAUUCAUCGGUAUCGCGUUCCAAGGCGAAUGGCACGUGCUGGUCAAGCAGCUACUAUUUCUCUUGCUCAGGUGGAAGCUAGUCGAUUACGAAAGGGAAUGGUCUUGGUUUCAUCAACAUCCAAUCCGGAAGCAUGUUUUGAAUUCGUUGCAGACAUUUAUCUAUCUGCACAUCACUCGAAUGCGUCGAUACAUAAAGGUUUUGAGACGACAGUUCAAAUGGAAAACAUUCGUCAAACAGUACUGGUCGUUGCUAUGGAUAAAGAUGAACUGCACGUUGACGAACAAGCAACUGUGACUUUUCGUUUCCGUAAUCUUUGUGAAUACGUACAUGAAGGAUCGCGUUUGAUAUUCCGAUCCGGUAAUCAAACGAAAGGUAGUGGUCGUGUAACUAAAGUCCUUCCAUUACAACAGCAAGCUAAUACCACUACCACUGAUUCUCUCUUGUGGAACACAUCACUGUCAUAUUCGCCGUUCGUAAUUACAUCGAUAGCUUACACACGUUUUCCUUGUUUAUGUCAUGCUUCAGCAAUCAUACUUUUAUGGAUUUCCAUCCAGUUAACAUACGGCUUGGAAAGUGCAUCGUUGCAUUUAAGAAAUUCUACGUCUUUCAACUCAACGGUUCUGUCGCCAAAGAAUCAUUCCAGUGAGGAUUAUUACGAAGAUCAUUAUGAUGAUCAUUACGAUUAUUUGGUAUCGGAUAGUUGUCAACAUAAAUUUGCAAGACAUGUUAUUUUCCUACUCAUAAUUUUGUCUUCUCGAAUGGAAUAUCGAUCAACACGGUUUUCUUUACACUCAUCCGCAUCACCGUCCAUUAAAAACUCGAAUGUAAAUUCCACGAAUUUCUCAUCUUUAUCACUUAAUUCAACGAGUGGGCCUUAUAUACCGUACUACGAUGCCUAUCCGGAAGAUCUGACGAUUUCGCUCGAACUGUUCCAAACAUUGGCAAUUGAACGUUUGAAAAUCCUGAAAACGAUCGAACAAGUUCUCGCACGUUUGAAUACGACGCUGUCAACUGCACCGACGUAUAAGAAAGAUGAAAUCGAAAAACUCUUACGGAAAGAAUUAAAAGACAAACUGCAUCAUUUAAAGUUCAUUAUUUUUCCAACGUUCACUGGUACAUCAUCAAAUGAUCUGCAGAAUGAUAUUAUAUCACAUUAUAUUCUUCGCUUAGCCUUUUGUCCGAGCGAAGAAGAACGUCGUUGGUUUAUCACUCAUGAACUUGAAUUAUUUCGUUAUCGUUUUCAAGUUCUAACUAAAGCUGAACAAUUAGCAUAUCUGAAUGAUUCAACAAGUAAUAUCAAACAAUUCUAUGAACUCGUCUCCGAUGAAGAAAAACGACAAUACAAAGAUUCAUUGAUUGCAUCGAUUCAAAUCAAAGGUUUAGCCAAUCCAUCGACCAUCGCCAAAUCGUUCGAAACCACAUCUUACUUUCGCGUUCGAUUUCAACAUGUACCUGACCUAAUACGCAAGCGUUCAUGCUUUCUUGCUCAUGGCUAUGCUUAUGUCUCGGAUAAUGACAUCAUUUCGUUUGUCCUUCAACAUUUUCGGAUGAAUAUUUCGUACCAAAUGACGUGUUCAUCGAAAAAAUACGAAUUCAUUCAGCAAAUGGAUACGCGUAUCGAAUCAAUCUUGAAAAUGUUACGAAAGAAACGUAUCCAUGGUACCCAGACAGCGAUGGUGGCAUUCAAUGAAAAUGAACAAACCGAAACAAUCACAUUCGAAAUGUUAAAUGGUUUAUCGAAACGCUCAUUUCCUUUGUGUAUGCGUUACCUACACGAUCAAAUGAUUCAGCAGCACCAUUUGAAACACUUAGGUCGAUUACAGUAUCGACUUUUCCUUAAAGGCAUCGGCUUAUCCUUAGAUGAGUGUAUGAAAUUCUUUCGUCAUGAGUUUGUUACAAAUGGUCAAAUGAACCCAGCCCAGUUCGAACGCGAACAUGUUUACAACAUUCGCCAUGCCUAUGGUCAAGAAGGCAAACAUACAUCCUAUACACCAUACAGUUGUAUGAAGAUCAUUCAAGAUCCUCCACCCGGUGUAAAUGAACAUCACGGAUGUCCCUAUCGACAUUGGGAUAUUCCGACGCUUAAACAACGUUUAACAACGACUUACGAUAUGAACGAAGAGACGGUUAAUGAUAUUAUCGAUAAAACGAAACAACAUCAUUAUCAGAUAGCUUGUCAGAUCUAUUUUGAAUAUCAACAUAAAGUGAAAAAUUAUGGUGUGGGAAUCAAUCAUCCUAAUCAAUAUUUUAACGAGAGUCGAAAGUUACUCACAGGUGCAACAACGAAUCAGAAUGCUUCACAGAUGUAA